AUGACAGCGGCGGCGGAGACGGCGAGAGGGAAGAGAGUUCUUGAUUCAAGCUCUGGCGAUGAUGAAGGGCAGCCUGAUAGAAAAAGACCUGCUUUAGCUAGCGUGAUUGUUGAAGCUUUAAAGGUGGAUAGUUUGCAGAGACUUUGCUCGUCUUUGGAGCCUAUUCUUCGCAGAGUGGUUAGUGAAGAAGUGGAGCGUGCUUUAGCCAAGCUGGGACCUGCCAUACUUAAUGGACAGUAUCUGCACUUCAAGUCUGGGUUGUCCCUCCCUCUCUUUACGGGUGGUAAAGUAGAAGGGGAGCAGGGUGCUGCUAUCCAUAUUGUGUUGAUUGAUGCAAACACGGGCUGUGCUGUCACAUGUGGUCCUGAAUCCUCGGUAAAACUAGACAUUAUUGUGCUUGAAGGUGAUUUCAACAAUGAAGAUGAUGAUAAUUGGACUCAAGAACAAUUUGAGUCUCAUGUGGUUAAAGAACGUGAGGGCAAGAGACCACUUUUAACUGGGGAUCUGCAGGUGACUCUGAAAGAAGGUGUAGGAACUUUAGGUGAGCUGACAUUUACCGAUAACUCAAGUUGGAUAAGGAGCAGGAAAUUCAGGCUAGGGCUGAAGGUUGCCUCAGGCUAUUGUGAUGGAAUUCGCAUUCGUGAAGCAAAAACAUAUGCCUUCACUGUUAAGGAUCAUCGGGGAGAAUUAUACAAGAAGCACUAUCCACCUGCAUUAAAUGAUGAGGUUUGGAGAUUGGAGAAGAUUGGAAAAGAUGGAUCCUUCCACAAGCGGCUGAAUAAAGCUGGGAUACAUACAGUUGAUGACUUCCUACGCCUAGUAGUUCGAGACGCACAAAGGUUGAGGACUACUCUUGGGAGUGGCAUGUCAAAUAAAAUGUGGGAUGUUCUUGUUGAGCAUGCAAAGACCUGUGUUCUGAGUGGGAAAGUUUAUGUCUACUACCCUGAUGCUGCAAAGAAUGUUGGUGUUGUUUUUAACAAUCUCUAUGAAUUAAGUGGCUUAAUUUCUAAUGGACAGUUCUACUCAGACGAUUCUCUUCCUGACAAUCAGAAGGUCUAUGUGGAUGGCUUGGUGAAGAAGGCAUAUGAUAAUUGGACGCAUGUUAUAGAGUAUGAUGGCAAAUCCCUUCUAGACUUGAAGCAGAAUGAGGGUGUAAUUGCUUCCCAAAUUGAUCCAUCUGGUCGACAAGAGUUUUUGAAUUUGUAUGAUCAUCAGGUUACUUUACCAGCCCUAUCAGCUCCAGUUUCUUCAGAGCAGCCUGCUAUGGACUUAGGUCCAUCUGUUGGAGGCUAUAAUGAUGGUAUGGCAGCGAGAUUCUCAAUGCAUACUCAGAAUGGAAAUCUCAACACCCCAUUUCAAUUCAAUGCCACAUCGUUGCCUUUGCAGAAUCAUCUGGUCAAUACUUCACAGCAGGUUCUGGGAACUGGCGAUUUACUAGCUCUUGGCCCACCACAGUCUUCUACAUCAGGUUCUCAGAGUUUUGGCGCUUCAAAUCUUAAUUUGCACAGGGGAACUGAGGACUUCUUCUCAGAGGAGGAGAUUCGUACGAGAAGUCAUGAGAUGCUUGAAAAUGAAGAUAUGCAGCAUCUUCUGCGCAUAUUUAACAUGGGAGGGCAGGGUCUGUCCUCAUUUAACUUCGAUGAAGAUAGGUAUCCUUACCCAUCAACGUAUAUGCCCUCCCCAUCUCCAAAUUACAGUUUUGGUGAUGGUAAAUCUCGUUCAUCUGGCAAAGCUGUUGUUGGAUGGCUCAAGCUCAAGGCAGCCCUGAGAUGGGGCAUCUUUGUGAGGAAGAAGGCUGCCGAGAGGCGAGCACAGCUCGUAGAGUUAGAUGAUUCUUAG